AUGGAACGCAAAACAGAUGAUUCUGAACGUGAGGUACAAAUUACAAUUGUCGAUGUACUGGACUACGUCGGUGAAUCCGUCCGCCCGAUCAAAGAAGGAUAUGCGGUUUUUGCAGCAAACCAUAUUGUUUGUAUCGGUUGGAGGAAAUGUGAUACUGAAUGGAUUGACAUUCUCGCGUAUGUUACCCAGUCAUCACACCCUGGCCAAACUCCUCAUACUGUAAAUAUGAGAAUUUAUUCUGAUAUUUCGCAAUGGGCGCUCAAGUGUUCCUGCAAGGCGGGAACUUCUAAAUGCAAGCACAUUGUAGCUUGCUUGCUGCAUGCAGAAAAGUACAGAAAGCUGGUGUAUAUGUCCUGUACGGAAGUGACUCAGGUGUGGGGAACUCCGAAAGCUCACAAGUCUGCUCCAUGGGGUGCAAAUAAAGUUUCCGAAAUGUGUUGCUUCAAACGCCCUAGAACGUCACCGGAAGUGGACGAACAUGAUGAAGAAGCAAUAUUGGUCGAAUCGUUCAGCAGAAUAUUGGCCGUUUCAAAGCAAUCUGCACUAUACAAACAUAUUCAGGGCAGGUUCCUGAACGAUCCCUUAUCUUAUCCAAAUCGUGCUCAACAGGCGUUAGAUAAUACAGAUGAUGAAUUUUGUGUUCCGAAAGACAUUGAGUUAUGCUUACUACGAAAAAUCGGUGGUAUUGAGGUUCAUCCAGCAUCGUACUGCUCGGACGAGGAAAAAAUAUAUUACGAAAAGCCAGAAUACAAAUGCCUGGAAGAUCCAUCGGGCAUCAAGAAUAACAGCCAGUUCCUGUUACUCUCUCUUCACGUAUAUCAGUAA